AAAGCGAAAUCUGUCCAUCCUCUGUGUAUCAGGGUGGUGUUCUUGUGAUUGCUCUGUGCGUGUGUGUAUUUUGGUAAACAGGUGAUGAAAAGCUUAGUGUAUGACUCAGCGCGCGUAAGCCUGUGUGGACGUCCCGUACCUGCGUGAGUCCCUCCAACAGGUAAGCACUGUGACAGGCACUUCAAGCUCCAGUACAGCCAGCAGACAGCACAGCCUUCUGUUACAGAACAACUCCGAUAUACACCAGCCAUGACUGCAAAAGAGUACUGCAGAAUGGGCAGUCUGGAUGAAGUUCCCUUUAAGGUUCCUCUGGGUUCUCUUGAUGAGCCACUGGAUGUGUUGAACCUAGCCACAGCCCCGGAAAUCAAUAUUCCAGAUUACCAUCAAAUACUGCAGGACACGCAGUAUGAGUUCUCUCUGGAGAGCUGGGUUCUCACCGAGCUCCAUGCAGGUUCCUAUAAGGACCCUGGUGUUCCAGUCUGUUCGCCCGAGGAUGUGUGCGCAGUCCCGUCCUGCCCACCAUACUGGCUGCUGUUAGGCAGCCCACAGGUGAGGUGUACCACACGUCAACGCAGCAAAGAAUUAUGGGAGGAGGGCCCACGCCCACGCAGCCUGAGCAUGAGUGCAGUGGUGGACCCCCACAGACCCCGCCUACCACGUUCUGUCCAUUUCCUCAUGGCUGACUCGGAAUGUGAGGGUGCAGGCUACCGUGAGGAUGACGAGGGCUCCUCCAGCGAAGACGAUGCCCCAGAUUCACGCUCUCACAGUGCAGAAAGACCACGCAGCUCUGGGCCCAAGAGACCACCUUCACUGCUCCAGGAGGCCCAGCGGCGCUCAGCCUCUCAGCUCCUGCUGCCCGGCUCACUCCGGCUUCCACCAUCCCAGACCAAAAAGAGCUCCACGGGCAGCCCCCACAGCCAGAGGUCCUCACGGAGGAAAGCUGGCUCUGGGAGCUCCAGUGGGAAACGGCACUCUUUCACACAUAAACAGACCACCACACACUCACUUCUACAGCAGAGACCCUCCUCAGCUGGCCCUCAGCCAUCGACCCGGCUGCACAAGCCUUCUCUGCAGGCUCUCCGUCCACGCAGUUCUCACGGAGGUCGUGGCUCGGGUACGGACUCUUCAGUGGAGCUGCUCUAUGCUCUGAGUAAGGAAGAGAGAGAACUGCUGGAGACCAUCACUGCACAGGGAUACACACCCAACUCUGCCAUUCUCGCUCUGCAGCGCACUGGCCCACGCAGUCCAGAGCAGAUUCUGAACUAUCUGCUGGCGUGUGAUCGUCUGUGUGCACUUGGUUAUGAGAAGAGUCAAGUGGAGGACGCACUGGAGAUGUUUCAGAACUGUGAGAGCAAGGCUGCAGAGUUUUUGUGUUUGCUGGCUCAGUUCCGUGAGAUGGGCUUCCAGCAGAGCACCAUUAAAGAGGUUUUGCUGUUGCACGAGAACCACCGGGAGAGAGCGCUGGAGGAACUCAUGACGCGCGUCGCCUGAAUCUUCUAGAAGAGAGAUUUCUCAGCUCCAGCUCUAAUAAACUCUCACAGCACAUUCACACACUGUAAUCCUUGCAGAGCACAAGUGAAAUAUCACAUUCUUUGUCAUCUUAGUGUGUUUUCAAAACUCUGUAAAUGGUUGGAAGAUAAAGCUGAUUAAAAUAAAG